UAUCAAUACUGAUAAGGUUUCUAGUCAGAUGUGCAGUGACUUGUUAAUUUGGUUUUUGGUUGAACAAAAAAUGACAGAUUCUGAAUUCCAACUUUGAGUUUAUUGUUUUGUUAUAGUUCAAUGUUUAAGUUAUAGAAAUAACUUUGAUGAACUGCAGUGUUCACGCUUGAAUUUGUGCAUUUGAUUUGUACUAUUUGGUUUUCUGGACUCUAGGGUUUGAUUGUGCAUAUGGGUUUUGGUGAUUACAUGUUUACAGCAGUGGCAGUUUCAGUGGCUGUCAUCAACGUGAGCAUUGUUUUCGAGUGUUUUGCAGAUGCGAGCCAUAGUUGGUAUCCUACAAUUUAUUAAUAAGUUGGUUUUUUAUUUUGAUGUAAAGGAUGGUGAGUUCUGAGAUUGAAUGUCAAUAUAUUUUGCAGGUUGUUGUUGUUCUCUUAGUUUAUUUAUGUGGAUGGACAAUCAGAACGAAAUUUGUCCCUUGUGUAUAUUAUUAUUUAUUUUGAUUUUAAUUACUUUUCCACAAAUUGAAAACCUAAAAAUGGAUUAUUGUUUUUGAGCUAGAUGCGGCUGUGUCCCAUUGUCCUUUUUUUUAAUAGACCAUUGCGGCCAUUGGUUUGCUAAUCAUUUGCAGGAUCACGUUUUCUGAUAUCAGUUGGUGGAAACCAGAAAUUGUGGGUAGAGUUGGAUAGGAACGGGGCAAAACAGAACUAUAGUAUCCCGUCUCUCUUGAAAGAAGUGGUGUUGACUUUCUCGUAAUCAGUGAUGCUGGUGAAGUCUCUAUCACCUUAUUCUCAUGCCUUCUCAAGCGUUGUUCUUGUUGCAGUUUUUCUGCAAGUUUUGGAACAAACCCAAGUUGGGUUCCCUUAAAGUCCUCAAAUAGCCUCUGCUGUUCCUCCAAGCCUAGAAAUUUAAGCAGAUUUUUAUGUCUGAGCACUCAAAAUGGUGGUGGCUUCAGAGAAAACUCUGGUGAAGUUGGACGUGGAGAUGCAGCGAUAAUUGUGGAUCAUGGGUCACGUCGCAAAGAGUCAAAUCUCAUGCUUAGAAUUAGCAGAACCAUCAAUAAGAGAUGCUUUUCAAUCUUGCGUUGAACAAGGUGCUCAUCGCAUUAUUGUCAGUCCCUUUUUUCUCUUUCCUGGGAGGCAUUGGAGUCAGGAAUUUGGAAGUUUCGGAGAGACAACAUUGAAUACGAAUUGUACAAUGCAAAACUCGUACUUGGUUCCAUUAGCUUGAGCCUGGAGAUGAAGUUUUCUUGGCUUAUUAUUAGGUUUUUAAUUUUUAUACAAGCUUGGUUUUGUACCAUUUCAAUUUGGCUAUGAUAGGGCUGUUUCUUUAGGCUGAUUUGUAGGCAUGUGAUGGUUUUAAUCUGACAAGUUUCUUGUAUCUGGCAAUGUAGCAUGGUGCUAGAAAUGCUGGGAAAUUAAAAGUUUGCUUUAUUUGAUUUUAAGUGAUACCCAAAGGAAAUGGGCUAGAUUUGAAAGUUGGUGUAUCACUUUGUUUAUCUGUGAGUAUUAUCAAUUUUUAUUUUGUGUAUGGGGUUGUUUGUGCAUAUUCCAGGAAGUUACAUAUGCAGCGGAAGCAUUUUAGGUGUGUCAAUUGCAUCUGCACCAAUUAUAGCUCAUGCGAUGGAUGUAGCUGGGGAUGCAUUGGUGGAUGAUCAUGAAUCACAGGACCUUUCAGAGGAGGAAAUAAAUGUGCAUCACUUGUUGAGAUUGGCUAGGAAACUUUGGCUGCCUGCUUUUUUCUUUCUUACCGUUUGUCAAACUUGGACGACUCAAUUACAAAUAUUAUUCAUUAAACUUACUCUAUUCCUCCUCAGUACAAAGCCCAACCCUUUCUCUGUCUAUGUAUUUGUUGAUAAGUUGUGCCAACGAUAUAUGCACCAAGAAACUCGAUUCUUUAAAGUAAAGUCACUUUAUGCCAGCAAAAUCGAAGUGCAGGACUAUAAGCUUCUUUGCUUGGCUGAUGUUGAAGUGAGAGAUCAAAAGUUCACUUUGGUUGGAAUUCUUGGUAGUUGGUGGCCUAUACUGCAUUUGCCAUUUUGGGAAGCAUUCUCUUUUUUCAGAAAUAGAAUUGGAAGCAUCUUGGUGAAAACAACAUAACAAGGUAGCCUGCUAAUUUAAAAUUAGCACUCCUUCUAAGUUCUAUGAUGCCCCUUUCCCAAGUCUUCUAUUGUGAUCAAGUUAAUCGUUCUCAUUUUAGGGAGUUGGGCCUCUGUUGGUUUUGUCCCUUUUGGAGCUUCAACUAAAUCAUGUUAUUCAUUGAAGAUACCAUCCCAAAAGUGUUAUGCAUAGAAGAAGAAAAUAAGGGGCAGGAAAUGAGACAGGACUGAUUAUUACUUGCAAAUAAAGUAGCAUUUCAAAUACUAACUGCCUAGGCUAUAAGGUUAUCCCUCUCUUGUUUGAUGAGUCAAAUAUGCAAACAUUUAUAUCUUUGUAAAAAUGUGACAUCUCAACAUUCUGUCACAGCCCCUAUUCUUCCUCUGCCACUUUUUGAUAUUUUAAAUUAAUCGUUAGUAUUGAAGUUUAGUUUGUUUGAAAAUAGACUUAAAUAUGUUUUUGUUCAUGUAA